AUGUCGGUUGUUGACACUAACCGGCCGGAAGCAGCAGCUAGUAAUGAGGAGAUAACUGCGACGGAUGCUUCACCUCGUGAGAAGGUAAGGCAGCCGGGGAGAUGGUCACUCUGUGGCAAAAGGGCCCUGGUCACGGGAGGCAGUCGUGGCAUCGGGCGUGUGGUGGUGGAGGAGCUGGUGGCGCUGGGAGCAGCUGUGUACACCUGCUCCUUGGAGGAGGAGGAGCUGGUCGAGCGCCUAAAGGAGUGGCAGGCCAUGGACCUCCCCGUUGCAAGAUCCGUCUGCGACGUCUCCGUGCAUGACCAGCGGGAGCGCCUACUCCGCGAGGUCACCGACCACUUCGGCGGCAACCUUGACAUCCUCGUAAACAAUGCUGGGACAGCCAUAAGGAAAUCAGCUAUGGAGCAUUCUGCAGGGGAAUACUCAUUUUUGAUGGCCACUAAUCUUGAAUCUGCAUAUCUUUUGUGCCUACUUGCUCAUCCUCUUCUAAAAGCAUCUGGGUCAGGAAGUAUUAUUUUUGUAUCUUCAAUUGCUGGAGUUGUAGCCUUGUUUAGUGGACCGAUUUAUGGUAUGACUAAAGCUUCCUUGAACCAAUUAGCAAAGAAGAUGGCAUGCGAAUGGGCAAAGGACAACAUAAGAAUUAACUCUGUUGCUCCAGGUUACAUCUCUACUUCACUUACAGAGCGAAUUUUCUCAGAUAAGGAACUGAAGGAUAAUAUUGUGAGGCGAACCCCAAUUAGGCGUGUUGGAGAACCGGAUGACAUAUCCUUCAUGGUUGUUUUUCUUUGUAUGCCUGGUUCGUCUUACAUUACUGGCCAAACAAUCCCUGUUGAUGGAGGCAUGACAAUUAAUGGGUUCUAUCCGAAAUACGACUAG